AUGAGCAGUUUGAAGGACAAAAUAGAGGAAUUGGAGACUUCCAGAUCAACAUUAUCUGCUCAUGCAGCAAAUGGAGAGACAGGGUUUCGAGAUCCUUAUGGCAUUUGCUUAGAAUUCAGAAACAUAGACGUUGGUCCCUAUAAAAAUCUCCGGUCAAUUGAUAUUGGUUCAAUUGAUCUCAACAGAACAACAAGCGCAUUGAUUCUGAUGCACAGAUUAAAGUUCCUACUUGGAAAGCUUUCCUCUGUGAACCUAGAGGGUCUUAACCAUCAGCAGAAGCUUGCAUUUUGGAUUAACACUUAUAAUUCCUGCAUGAUGAAGGCAUUUUUAGAGCAUGGCAUACCUGAGACUCCUGAAAUGGUUGUAGCACUAAUGCAAAGGGCAACGAUAGAUGUCGGGGGACACUCCCUGAACGCAAUUACAAUUGAGCAUUUCAUUUUGAGAUUGCCUUAUCACUUAAAAUUUACGUGUCCAAAGGCUGCAAAGAAUGAUGAGAUGAAAGCUCGCAGUAUAUUUGGAUUGGAGUGGUCUGAACCCUUGGUAACCUUUGCACUUUCCUGCGGAAGCUGGUCCUCCCCCGCUGUGAGAGUGUACUCUGCAGCUCAUGUUGAAGAAGAGUUGGAAGCAGCAAAAAGGGACUAUAUACAGGCAGCUGUUGGGAUUUCAAGGACAAACAAGUUGAUAAUCCCCAAGCUGUUGGAUUGGUAUCUGCUUGACUUUGCAAAGGAUAUAGAAUCAUUGGUUGAUUGGAUUUGCAUGCAGCUACCCAAUGAGCUCAGGAAUGAGGCUGUUAAAAGCCUUGAAAGAAGGGGAAGAGAGCCCUUUUCACAGUUGGUGCAAAUAAUGCCAUACAAUUUCAGCUUCAGACUGCUCUUACAGUGA